UGUGAUAGCAUAAACCUUGAAUAAUGCUGUGAAACUCAAAUGAAGUGCCACUAAUGAUGCUGGCAAUGCUCCUAAGAAACAGAAAAGUCGUGAUGUUACAAGAAAAAGUUGAAUUGGUUGAUAUGUACCAUAGAUUGAGGUUUGCAGCUGUGGUUGCCCACCAUUUCAGACAGAAGAUUAAUCUUAUAAACAGACAACAUACAUUUAUGAAACGACUACAAAAAGAACUGUUGGCUUUACAAAAUGAUCCACCCCCUGGGAUGACUUUAAAUGAAAAGAGUGUUCAGAAUUCCAUUACACAGUGGAUUGUAGACAUGGAAGGUGCACCAGGUACCUUAUAUGAAGGGGAAAAAUUUCAACUUCUAUUUAAGUUUAGUAGUCGAUAUCCUUUUGACUCUCCUCAGGUCAUGUUUACUGGUGAAAAUAUUCCUGUUCAUCCUCAUGUUUAUAGCAAUGGUCAUAUCUGUUUAUCCAUUCUAACAGAAGACUGGUCCCCAGCGCUCUCAGUCCAGUCAGUUUGUCUUAGCAUUAUUAGCAUGCUUUCCAGCUGCAAAGAAAAGAGACGGCCACCAGAUAAUUCAUUUUAUGUGCGAACAUGUAACAAGAAUCCAAAGAAAACAAAAUGGUGGUAUCAUGAUGAUACUUGUUGAUGCCACUGUUAUCAUCCUCCUAGCAGAAGAUAGUCCUACUGAGAAAAUGAGCACUUUGAUCAUUCAGUCUUUGAACUUUAACCUUUGACUGGAAGUGACCUAUAGGCAAUGAAGACUACUUCCUUUUACUGCAUUUUUACUCGUGUGCAUUCUGGGCGCAUGUUGAUCGCUGGUUCAGUCCAGGCAACUGACAUGCUUUUAUUAGUCAUACAGUAUUAAUGCAGGUGUCAGGAAAUGUCAAAUAUAAUUCCAUUUUUAAUUUUUAUUUUUUUAAGCUUUCGGAAAAGUUCCAGGUCCUCAUGUAUUGUGCAAUAACAAUGAAUUCCUUGGCGGUUUUGGGAUGUUCAUUGCCGGCAAUGGACGUGGUAAUAGGAAAAGUUUUCAUUAACUCCUGCCACUUGAUUAAUGCAUGACAGGGCCUAUGAAAUGAAUUUAUCGGUUAUAGUGGGAUUAUAAAUAAAGUGAGGGAUCCAACAUUACUUUGAAAGUCACCCCAACUGUUUAUAUUUGGAUUCUAUGCACUGUGAUCCUAAGGAAUUAACAUGUGUCUUUAAAGGACUGUAAUGAAAGAUCAUUGCGUAUUUAUUUAAUUGUUUAUAUCUGCUGUCAAAUUGUUUUGACAUGGAAGGUUUUCAAGUAACAUUGGCAGAGAGGUACAGUAUGUUAUCCCUAUGGUGAAAAUAAAUUCAUUUGUUGUAUAUAGUUCCUCAAUCUCUGAAGUAAAGGUAUGAAUAAUAUAGGGUAUGAAUGGUUUAAUCAAGGCUUUAUUUUGGAAGUAAGAAAAAUGGCAGCAAUGAUUAAAUUGCUGCAAUCCAUAGUUUGGGUUUGUUAUUUGUACAUUAAAGAUUUUUUUUCCAAGUAGAUUACACUCUGUUACUUCCUGCUAGCCAUCAGCAUGAGCCCUACUGCCUAAACACUAUUUCAUUUAUUUAUGUUUGGAAAAUCCAUAAACAUUUUUGUUUGCAAUCUUGUUCCUUUUGUUGUGUUUUAAGUCAAGUUUGAAUGUUACAAUACUUUUAUUGAAAAACUUUUGUCAAGUUUUUUCUUGUAAAUUUUCUUUACUUGUAAGUAUCAUCUUGUCUUUUAAUCCUGUACCCUAAAAUAAGAAAUACAUUUUUGACAGAGGCUUAAUGUUUUAA